AUGGAAGAGCCACGCCCGCGAUCGCCGACUUCACGUUAUCCGACACCUCCGCCCGCCGACGCGCCUCUCGGGCCCGCCGCACGAUACCCUUACCUCCCAAUGUCUCCAAGUCAUCUCGGAGACGGUGGUGGUCCGGCCAUCGACGAAAGCAUCGCGGCUGUUCCAAGUCACAUCACAGGUGCUACCAUCACGUAUAGUUGCCGUCCAGGGGGACCCUACCUCUUCGACCUCUUGGGUACCUUGCCUCUCGCGGAAUACGGAGUACUGUCAUGGGAAAUUAUCGAUCGCGAGGACAAAAUUUGGGAAAGCGACGAUGUGAAGGAAGAACACAAGGUCAUGCAUGCUCUAUGGGCACGGUGGAUAUUUGUACAGGCAAAUCGAAAUAAAUUCAUCGCAAAUUAUGUCAAAGGUGUCAAGGCCUUUAUCGAUACAUAUUGGAGGAUGAUCCACAAAGCAGCUGGGUGGAGUGCACUGCGCUUUUUCUUGUUCGUUUUGCUCGCCAACAAUUUUUUGUCAAGCCAUGAUGUGGCUCAGGUUCUUUUAUAUUACCAAAAUCUUACUGGGAUGGAUCACUGGGCAACGUAA